GGUUUGGGCCGCCUGUCCACAUCUGAAAGUCCGCAGUUCACCCGGUCCGCGUCCGCAAUUUACUCUGGCCACUUGGCUAGUUUUCGACGUAAACAGAAUAAACAUACCUAACCACAAAUUUAAAGGCUUUUUCAUACUUGCUAGUCAAAAUCUAUAUGUUAACAGGAUUAUUAGAAGAUAUUCGGUAAAAUAUUAGAAAAAUCUUUAAAGAAAAUGGAGAUCAUUCUCCGGCAAACGACCUUCUCUGCCGGUCGGAGUCCAAUUUUUCGCUGCUUUCGCAAUAUUUCCGAUAUUGUCGGCUCCCAAACUAACAAGCAAAUCAGUAGAAGUUAUUCUGAUGUCAGUGGGCAGCCAAAAUCUAAAAGUGAAAUUGAUAACAACAAAUCUGUUUCUGGAGUUGAAAACAAAACCAUGUCAGGCUUUGGAAAAGCCUUUGAAAAGUUUUCGUUAUUAACUCGCAAACCCCUGGAUGAACCUGAUAUCAAAUUUGCAACAUUGUUAAGACUCUCCAAAUUCAUGCAGCUAGGAGAUCCACAAGGAAAAGUUGUUGAAGGCAAAAUAAUCCGGGUAGUCGGUAAUGAUUUAUACAUAGAUUUUGGAGGGAAAUUUGAAUGUGUAUGCCAAAAACCCCUUAAAAAUGAAAGAGAUUAUGUCAGGGGUUCCAGAGUAAGGUUGCGUCUGCAAAGAUUAGAGCUUUCAACCAAAUUCUUAGGAGCAACAAAGGAGAUCACUCUCCGUGAAGCAGAUGCUCUUUUGGUUGGAAUUGUGCGCACCCCUUUUCGAACAUAAAUUUUAAUUUAAAGCAGUUAAAUUAUCACAUGAUUAUUGGCUGCACUGAAAUAGUCUCCAAAUACAAAAAAUGCCGAUUCA